AUGCAAAUAUCUAAUAAAACAAAUGAAAAUGAAACUAAUAGAGAAACCAAUGAAGCAAUGGAAAACUCUAUAAAGCAAAUAGUUCCAGUUAAAAAAUCUAAUAAAGUCAAUGAAGAAAAAGGUUCUAAUCUCUAA